UUACCAAUUCCGGAGAAAGUGUAUAGAGUUAGUAUACUACUGUUGAUGUUGGUGAGAGAAAUGAAGAUGGUUUCAUCAAUGCUGCAUGUGUUUAGUAGGUCUCUCUUGCUCUUAUUCUUCUUCUUGUUGCUUUCAUGCAACGGCAACAGGGUAUGGGGAUGUCCACCUUCAAUUCCGUGCGGAGAUCUCGGCGAUCUGCGUUUCCCAUUCACCAGCAGACCUCACUCGGAGUGCGGCCUCCUGGUGAUAGAUGGCUGCCAAGAUGAUCCAGGCUCCACUAAAAGCAUUCAGAACAACAACCGUUGGUUCAAUAUUGUCAACGGAAGCCUUACCCAGUCAAACAUCACCGUCAGAGACGACGGUUUAGUGGUUUCACGAUCUUCAAUAACCAUCAGAGACGACAAUCUCUAUACUCUCCUGUCAUCAAGAAGCUGUGAGGUUUUGGGGUAUGGCUCUUCCAACACAUUCAGAAUCGACACACCUUUGGCUUCUUCUCAGGUGAUGUACUCAGCAACCCUUCUCAAAUGCAAACAUAGCAUCGAUCCAAGGCCUUCGUAUGUUCUUCCAAACUCUACGGUAUGUGGAAACGAUACGUUCUACGGAGUGAGUGACGCAUCCAAAUACAAGGAGAUCCAAGGGUGUUCAUUGAUUGAGCUUCCACUGGGUGGACCAAAUGUGGUCCUCCAAGAUCCCAACACCCUGCUAAGUUCCCUCACCGCUGAUAUUCCAAUCCAAAUAAACCUGUCUCCCAAUUGUUCUCAUUGUAACAUUGCUUACGGAGGCCUAUGCAGAAUCGACAACUCCGGCAGGUUUUAUUGUCACACACCUCGCAAAACUAGAAAGACGAUUACAAUAGCAGUUGCUUCUGUGAUUGGAGCAUUAGGAGCUUUCAUAGUGUUGGCUUGGUACUUCAGAAGGCACUUUUACAAUAAAGAAAACCCAACCCACCAGAUAAUUGAGGCAUUCCUGAAAAAUCAUGGACACCUUGCAGCUAAAAGGUUCAGUUAUUUAGAGGUAAAGAAGGCAACCAACUCCUUCAAAGACAAACUGGGUCAAGGAGGUUAUGGUAGCGUAUACAAAGGGAAGUUAUCUGAUGGAACCCUUGUGGCAGUGAAGGUUUUAAGUGAAUCAAAAGGUAAUGGUGAAGAAUUUAUCAAUGAAGUUGCUAGCAUAAGUGUCACUUCUCAUGUUAACAUUGUUGAAUUAUUGGGAUUCUGUUUGGAAGAUACUAAAAGAGCUUUAAUAUACAAGUAUAUGCCUAAUGGAUCAGUUGAAAAAUUUAUUUAUGAAGGCAGAGAUUCAAAAAGGUUCAAUCCAAACUUGACUUGCAAAACAAUGUAUAAGAUCGCAAUUGGUGUUGCUCGAGGGUUAGACUAUUUGCACAAAGGGUGUAACAGCAAAAUUGUACAUUUUGAUAUCAAACCUCACAAUAUCUUAUUAGAUGAGGAUUUUUGUCCAAAGAUUUCUGAUUUUGGACUUGCAAAAAUAUGCAUGGAAAAAGAAAGCAUCCUAUCAUUAAUGAUUGCUAGAGGAACUAUAGGUUAUAUUGCACCUGAAGUGUUCUCAAGGAAUUUUGGUGAGGUGUCUCAUAAAUCCGAUGUAUAUAGUUAUGGAAUGAUGGUUUUAGAAAUGAUUGGAGAAAGAAGUAACAUGAACAUUAAAGAUGAAUCUUCAAGUGAAAUGUAUUUUCCUCAUUGGAUUUACAGGCGUCUUGAGCAGAACCAAGAACCCGAAUUGCAAUGUAUCAAGAAUGAAAUUGAUAAAGAAACGAUACAGAAGAUGAUAGUAGUGAGCUUAUGGUGCAUACAAACUGACCCAUCAAAUAGACCAACAAUGAGCAAGGUGGUAGAUAUGAUGGAAUCAACCUUCGAGUCUCUACAAAUGCCACCAAAACCUUAUCUAUCUUCACCUCCUAGAUCUUCGCCACUAGAUUCAACAAAUUCAUCACUCUCAAAAUGUAAGUCAUUAUGAAACAUGUAUGUUACUAUGUACACAGUCAUUGAUUUUCAAUUUCAACAUCAACUGCUAUAUCCUAGUUUGUAAUGAUAAUAAUUCAUGUAGAAUUUAUAUGCAGAAUUGUAUCAUGAUCCGGGUGAUAUAUCUUAGUUGCAGAA